AUACAGUUGUCACUCGUCAUACAUUGGACACGUGGCCGCUGCGCCCUACGAAAGGUCCCGCUGCAUGGCCGCUCGCCCAUACAUUCCGUAUAUAGCUGUCUUCCAAAUCCGGGCGCUCACAAACAGCUGCGAUGAAUGGUCGAGUGCGGGUCUUCCUGGCGGCGGCGGUGGCGGUGUUGGCGGCGCUGACAACGGUGUCCGGCUCAUCCGCCUCUCCGGGCGUCGGCGACGCCUGCCUCGCCUGCAUGUGCUGGGCCUCAAGCAACUGCUCCAUGCCAACGCCGCCGUGCAAGAUGAACGGCUGGGGCGAGGUGUGCGGACCCUGGGCCAUCACACAGCCGUACUGGAUCGACGGAGGGCGUCUCUUUAACGACUUUUACAAAUGCGUAGAAGAUUGGAAAUGUAACGAAGAUACUGUACGCAAUUACUUGAAUUUUUACGUCACGGAUCCUGACGCCAAGUGCCAGGACUACGCACGCACGCACGCCGGCGGUCCCCUUGGUGCCUGGAACGACAGCACCCUCCCGUACUGGUACUCGGUAAAGGAAUGCCUUGACUACGGCAUAUUCACACCGGCAUCGGUGUAAGGAUGGUUAUGGUAUCUAGUGCGAAAUAAAUUGUAUUUAUGUAUGUGUACGUGUAUACAUACAUACACACACACAUACAUACAUAUAUAUGGACACACAAACACAC